AUGCAAGAAGUUGGGGUUGUUUUACACAAUGUAAAGCAGCUUAGGAUUGAAUCAAGCGGAAAACCAACUCCAAGGGGAACACAGAGAGAUAAAAUGGCUGCCAACUCUCGACGCCGGAAGAAGGCAAGAAACAAAAGGUACUGGUACAAAACUAUUGAUUUUAUUUUCAUUUGGUAUUUUUUUAUCAGUAAUCAGAACAGGAAGUAAAAUGUUUUAGAAGAGUGCGAGGUACACGUAGUUCAAAUUUAAGCUUAAGGUGGGCCGGGUGACAAACUAUUGAUCGUUGUGGAAAACUUUUUCGAAGUUUUUAUUAUACUAUACAAUAAAUUGAUAUUGGGUAAUAGAUGAAACAUCAACCGGUGUUUACAAAGGAACUUGAAUUGUAUUAAAAAAAUGAAAGGAAAUUUUACAAAGGGUGGGCGGCAGUGAAUUUACCUUGGAAGUGUACCAUUUUCAAAUUUAGGGAUUACAACUACAGUAGAAAACAAGCUUAUGCAAGUGAUUGUUUUAAAAGAAGCUAAAAUACUUGAGUCGAAAUGUGAUAUGUGCAACUUAAAAAUUUUAAACCAAUCAAUUCAAAUUUUGAAAGCUGUUAUGUUUAAUGUAUAGAUUAAUGAUGGAAUUCAUCAGACAAUGCUUGUAUGUUAUUUGUGAUCUGAUCUGCUCGGAGAGAUAAAAAUAAGAUAUAUAUUGUGUAUGUCAUCACCCAGCCUGUCUCAAAUAAUGAGUACUUCCUGAUCAAACCUUCCAAAAUAUAUAUAUCGUAUAUCCAAAAAAAAAUAUACAGCGGCAGAUCCAGGGGAGGGCUUCCCCUUAUUUUUAGACCAAACUGAGACCCGAAGAGCCGAAAAAUUUUUUUUGGAGACCGCCCCCCCCCCCCUGCCUUAUCUAAGGGUCUGGAUGGCCGAGCCUCCCCGCUUCUCUCAGGGUCUUGAUCCGGCACUGAUAUAGAUUUCUUUUUUGGGAUAAGGGUACAUUUCCCUCAUUAUCUAUAAUAAUACUGUUAUACCAUUUAUCUGUACCUCCUCCGCGGAGGGUUAUUGGUUUGAAUCUCCCCCACCCCCGUUUGGAAAUUCCAGUGUAGGUACAGACUUUCCUUUCAAAAUAAUAGCCUUUAAGUCCUCUUCUCUUUGGGAUUUCCAUUGACCCUCUAUUGGGCAGGAAGGGAUAAUUUUUGGUCCGUAGGAAGACUGCACAAAUUGUUAUAAUUAAGGUACGUAAAAAAGUAGCAGUUUGUAUUUAAGGAGAGUUUUCUCAUGUGGUUUUAUGAAGCCAAUGGAAGAAAUCUAUUGCAAUAAAUUCAAGUAAGAUAAUGCUUGUUUCUGUUAAAAUUCUGUGGGUGAUAAUAACAUACAUUCACUGACCAGGGAAGAAGGGCUAGUAACUGAAGAGUUUCACAGCCACUACUCUAGAACAAAGACAAUUUUACAUUGGGUGAAAUUGCAUUGGAAUGAAGCAUCCAGAGUACCUGUAUACAGGUAAUGGAAAACAAAUGAACAACAACAAGAUGGUUUUCGCCAGGGGUUUUCUUUCCUUGUUUCCAAUUCCUCUGACAUCAAAUGGGGACUCUUACAACGGAUUCAAAAGUGUGGAAUUUUAAGUUAAGAUGGAAUCCAUUAGGAAAUUGAGUAAUUUUAAUUUUCAAUGGACGAAAACCUUGUACCAGAAUACUUUCAAUCAUGUUGCAUUCUUUUAUACACUUUUCGAGAGCUAUAAAAAUUUAAUGUAGUAAGUUAUAUGAAAUAACUCCAAAGAAAAUGUUCUAGCGAUAUCUAUGUGUAAUCAUAUGGUGACGAGUGAAAUUAUUCCCUAAUUUCACGAGUGUACCAUUUGAUUACCUAUUAAUAUCAUGGGUGACGAAUUAUGUUUGCAGUCUUGGAUUUUUGACAUUUUUAUCCUAGAUCGUAUCGAUCGAGAACUCCUGCACUCUCUCAAACGUUUCUAAGAGCUUAAAUUUGGCUUAAGUUCAGAGUUUUUCGACAAAAUACUUGUUAGAAUCCUUCUUGAUGUGCUCUUUCAUGUGUUCAGGUUUUGUAGAGCAUCUUGUUAUGCCCUGGCAUCUUCAUUCAUGACAUUUUAAGACUUCGUCCCCAUCUGGACACUGAGACAUAUGGAAGGUUGCCAUGGCAAUUUUGUAAUUCCACAUGUGAAAUUACAAAUUAUUGCUGAAAUUUUGUGCCAGAAUUAAGGAGUAAUUCUUCACCUAUGAUAUUAGGCUUGAAAUAUUCUGGUACAAGGUUUUUGUCUCCUUGAAAUUAAAUUACUCAAUUUCCUGAUGAAAAAAAUGCAUCUUAAUCACAUUCGAAAGAAAAAUUGUAUGCAAGCUGACUUCACCAAGCAUGAGUCAAUCAUAUAACUGAAACUCUGUGGAGCAAAGAAGAAAGGAAAGGUUGACAUUGGAUCAUAAGAAAGAGAAUCGUAAGCAGGAUUGGAAUGCUGUUUUCCCCAUGCUGUGCACUUCUGAUUAUGAUGGGUGAAAACUAGCCAUUUGAGUUUUAAUUCCAUUUCUUUCUGAUUCCUCCCCAUCCAUUUCAAAUGGGGAUACCCCCACCCCCCGGGCAUUUCACCACAACAGAUCAUAAAUGAUGGAGUUGUAAGCAGAAUCAGAAUGCUUUUGUUUAUACUACAUUCUUGGCUAGUCUCUAGGCCUCAUUUUUCCGCUUGGCCUAUGGGUUCUGGGUCACAUGAUCCACCUCACAGAAAAAGACUACAUUGACCUAAAAGGCCUAGGAAGACACUGCACAUAGACUGGUAAACUACCCUCUACGAUAAUUCUGAUUAUGACUCCAACUCCAUUGUGAGCGAAAACCAACCUUCAGAAGUUUAUUUUUAUUUUUCUGACGUUCUGAAGUGCAAUAGCCAAAGUCAACCAUUUUUUGGUGGAGAUACUGGCUUUGAAGAGUUAUUGUCUUUCUGCUUCUGAACAUCUGGGAAUUAUGAAGCUCCUCUGCUGUUCUUCACAUUUGAUUUGUGUUCACCUCACACUUGAGAUUUGAGAGCCAAUAACUAAAUUUUUAGUGGGCUCAAUUUCUUCUGUAUCCCAAGUCUGGUCAUGUUCCUCCUCAAAGAGAGAUGAGAAAAUUUUCAAUGGCCUUUUUUUGAUACAGACACUUCAGUUCUGUUUCGACUUUAUAAUGAAUCCAUCUUUAUUGGUCAAGACUGGCCCAUAUAUUGGGCCUUAAACUGUGCAGGUAUAUAGCAUUAAAACAAAACUGAAUGCAAUUAUGCUGGCAAUACGGCAAAGGGCUGAUGUAUUUGAGGACAACAUUUCGGCUAACAAAUUUAGUCCUCUUGGGACAGUGUAGUUUUGGCCCUGAGGAAGGCUAAUUUUGUUAGGCAACAUAUUGUCCUGAAAUAAAUCAGCCCUUUUUGCCGUAUUGCAAGCCUUCAAGUGACGUCUGGCAGUAGCAUCUCUACAUUGGAGAUCCGGCAAGAAAGUCAACCAGUUGGUUUGGUUUUAGUUAUGCGUUGAGUGGACCUUCGCAUUCAACAACAACAACAACAACAAUAUUUAUUUUCAUUCCCAUUUACAUGGGGUUUUUAUAUAACACUGGUGCCCGCAAAUUUAGAAUUAAGGCAACCCAUUCACCAGUCUAUGCUUAUCGACACAUUACACCCUUAACUACAACUUGUGAGCGAAAUAUAGGCAAAAGCAGCCUCUUUAAAGUACAACAGCUUUUUGUAGAGGUUCAUAACAAGCAGGUGAGGACAAUAUUGGUUAGGGGGUGGUGGGGAGGGGGACCUAGGGGAGGGUCUGUCCUCAUAAAAGGAGGGACAGGUGGUGCUUUAUCUUGCUGGCAAAAAUGCUGAAACCUAGAAGGUCUGGAGGAGUCCUGGAGUUAAACAGUCUUGAGAGUAGUUGGCCAGGGGGGUCUUCGACCAAUAUUUGGGUAUAGGGUUUGAAACCCUGACUCUGUUCAGGAAAAGUGCAAUAACCUCAAUUUUAUUACUCUGCGUAGGAAAAAGACGAAAUGCACAUCAUCUUGUUUUGAAGUCCUUUAUUGGCAAUUACAAUAAUUGAGUAAAUUUAUGUUAGGUCAGUUGGAUAAUUAAAAACACUCACGGCCAAACCAACACUCAGGGUCUUUGAAUGACUGAGGAGAAAGCUAGUGCUGCCUUUUUUAAGACAUCUGCAAACGGUUAGACUUUCUAGUCUCCUUGGAUAAGGAUGAUAAACCGUAGGCCCUGUCUCACAACCCUUGCACAUAUAAAUUCUGUGGGACAUUAAAGAACCCACACACUGUUCGUAAAGAGCAGGGGACGUAGUCUCCGGUGUGGUGGUCUAUCUCUCUUGGGGGGAGGGACUGUUACAGGCUUGCAGUAAUUGGCGUCAUGCUGUUGCGGUGACCCUGCCAAUAAUUGGCGAAUCUAAUGAAAUAAAAAUAAAUAAAAUAAGGUGGUUGAAUUUCAAGAAAAUAUAAGGGCUUUCCUUCUUUAGGAACAAAGCAAACUGUCCAUAAUAGUUAGGUGCCUGUAUUAAGCGGGUGUUAAUAAAGUCAAUAAAGUGGGAUUUGACUGUACACCCCCCCCCCAGGUUUAGCCAGGUUUCUUCACCCUUCACAAUUCCUAUUAUUUUGGUUGUCUGAGGAUACAGAUUAGGAGAAAACAUGUAGCAGCUCAAUCUGAGGCAGUCUGAAAGUUAAGGACUCAUUAAAAAGCUGCUGAAAGUAAUAUUGUCCCUAAGUUGUGGUCUUGAAAAUCAAUGUUUUGUUUCCUAGAAGCAAAGGACAUUUUUCUUAACCUUACAAAGAAUGUUAAACUUUCAUCUGUUUCAUUGACCUUGAACUUUCUUACCUAAAUAUGAUUGUUUGGGAAUUUUUCAAUUAAAUGUCAUUUUCUAUGUGCAAUCAUUCUCUUGAGAACGUGUACCACCUUAAAGUUUAUCUAUAAUUUUUCUGCAGUAAUUGCUGUUGGAAAAAAGGCUAUUCUUGUGUUCAAUUUUCAUGGAUUUUUUUGUUGUUUUUCGAUCUUUAACGUGAAAUGCUGUCAUUAAUUAUUCAUAUAUUUCACGGCAUUAAUUGCUACGAUUAUUUUUAAACUUUACUUAAACAGAACUCUUUUCGUCAAUAAAUUUACUACCUUUCAAGCUGUUUAAAAAUAUAAUAAUAUAAUUUUUCCUUUUUUUUGUCAUUGAAACUGAGCAAUUGAAUUUUAAAAUUUAUUCUACAAAUUAUUUCAUUUCGUGCUUGAAUGUAUCAACAAUGAAAAAGCGCCCUGCGUGACGCCUUGCGUGUUUCCACGUACGCACGCACUUUGUUGAAAUUGAACAGAUUUCAACUCGGAUGAAUUCAAAAGACAGAAAACAUUUCAAAAAAUUGCAGAGAUGAUUUUCGUUGUAUUUAGUUCCUAAUAACUGACCUCCGAUUAUAUUUGUUUGUUAAGAGUACAACUUGAGUUAGAAGUAGUUUAGUUUGAAAUUAAUCACUUAAAAAGACCGGAAAGAUAUUGGAGUGGUUAUUUGGUAGUGUACACGCUUUUCCUAGAAUAACGAGCAAAAUACAAACCGAGAUAACGCUUUUCUUAGCCAUGUGACAAAAGGCGGUGACCGAUGUGUGACCCUUCGCCGUUCAAAGCUCUUUAUUAUUAGCAGCGAAAAAAAUAUUUUCAUAAAUCUAGUGUCGGCUGGUCGGCCGUAGGAAAGCCCCCAUAUCGGAUGUUUAAUUCCGGGGGGCGUUGCUCUAGAGAUCGACGCUGACAGUCAAUUCUUUUUAUUCCAAAGUAAAUAUUUGCUCUGUUCUUUUCCUUUACAUUUUCGACAGGGUGACUUCGACGGAAACUCUUGUAUUCAGUUUCGAAGUUGUUUUCUUUCGUGCUAGAAGAUUGACAUGUUUUAUUUUUGUGAUAUCUGUGUUUUGCCGCGCACUCCAAUGCUUCAUUCGGUUUGUCGUUGACACUAUUGUUUCACACUUUCCGUGACGGAAAACCAAAUUGCCUUAUCUUUUGUUUCCUGAAGUAGGUAUAAGCGCAGAUAUUUUUUAUUGGAUGAAAGGAAAAUCUUGUGGCGUCAUUGCAGGGAACAAAAAGAAAAAUCACGUCCUUUAUAUGAAUCUCGUUCGAAAGGAAAUAGACUUUUUUAGAAUUAGGUCCCCCGGCUAUCAUUAUCACGUGAUGUACACGGCACCUUUGAACCAAUCAGGAGGCUUAAACGAAAAAUGUGCAUAAUAGCUUGCCAUCGUCGGAAAACAAACGCCAUCUUGAAUUUGGUUGUUUGGGAUAACCUUUGGAAUUACAUUUCUUUGGAGAUGAUUUUGGUUUUUAACAUCUUCGAAGAUUGUUGAGGUCUUAGAGUUUGCUUACUACGGAUUUUGCGGUCUCUGCUGGCGGCAAAUUUCGCAGCUAUGCCUCCUGUAAAGCGUUUACAGAAAGCUAGGUAUGGAGUACGCAGUAAUGUUGAAGUGCCUAUCUUGCUAAGUACGAGUGGAAAUAAUACGGCAACAACGCCCGAUAACUGUGAUCACUAUGUGCUUUGCCCUAUUCUAUUUCAAAAUGCAUAAAUCGCGGGUAUUGUGAUCCACUGAUGUCCAGUUUUUUUGCUGUUUUUCAGGACGAAGAGUACAGACAAUUCAAGGUAACGUACCAUAACGUUUGUCAUUUUGCUAGAUUCAUACAGCGUCUUGAGUCUUUCCGUAGAACCCCAACGGAUCGUAGGCGAUCGAAAAGUUUUGAAUGUUAACAGCUGUUAGCUGAUAGGAUUCAUCAGUUAAGACUCGCUUAAAACGGAAAUCGUCGCCUUGUAUUUGCUUGUAUGCGUGUGUGGAGAACAUGUAACAUCGAACAACUGCAAGAUUGAAUAAUAGUCUUCGAGAUCCUCCUUGUAAGUGCAAGUUAUACGACGCUACCCUUACGUCGUAGCAUUGAUGUCUUUAAGAAAAGAUCCAAUUUUUCAGAGUGAAGAUCGCUUUUUCCAAACAAUUUGGAGUUUGUUUUUUUUUUUCGCCGCAACCUUGUUCGAAACGCGGCGAACCCGGUGCCGUGCAUAAAUUAGCUAAGCAUCAAUCCAGUAAUUGAGAAGUCUCGAUUUCUGUCGCUCUAUUUUUCUGUCAAUUUAAGAACAGAACGCGAAAGCAAUUGUAUAGUGAUUUGUUGGGGUUGAUUCAGGUGAUUAGGGUAUGGUUUGAGGGCGUUUUUUCUUCUUGCGAAACAUCGAGGAGCGAAGAACUUGUUUAUUGUAUGUUCAUAACAUAUUAGUCGAAUUGAAGGUCUGCGAAUCGGCUACUUUGGAAUCUGUGAUCACGCAAACCAUUAGAGUCCUUCAAAAGUGACUUUAUUUGCCGUGGCAGUGUUCAACUGGCCCAGUCGCAUUUGCAUUGAUUGUUUUUAAGUCGAAGGUAAAAGUUUGGAGUGUUCUUGGCCUGGCUGGAGACUUUUUUGUUUACAUUUGCUCUUGUCGGAAAAAACCAUGUAUGUAAGUGUAGCUCAUUUUCGCUGAAACAGACAGCUGUUUUCGCGUUGUUUUCAUUGUCAUAAAAUGGUGGAUCUCUUGUGGCAGUCUUCCUGCUUCAUUUAGCGGUAUUGUCUGGUACUUUUAGCGAGAAAUUGAUUGUGUUUCUGUUUAUGUUAUAGUCAAGCACGAAAAGCUGUCGUAAUUUGCGCGUGUACGAACGAAGCAAAUAUGCUUUGUCCUUGAUUAAUUACGGAAGACUUUGAGGUUAACGGUAUUUUCGCUGGCGGUGGUGCCGGUGUGAUUACCGUGAAACGCGAAUAUAGGAUUGUUUUUUAUAAAACCUGUUAUUAGCGGUGUCUUUAAUGUUAAUUCGACAAGGAUAUGUACUUCAUUGUACGUACACUUUCACUGUUUUCCAGGUGAGAGCUUAAGUCGUACAUGUAACUUUUAGAAUAAGAAGACGCUGUUAUAAUAUUUUUUGCCUUAAUAAUCGUACUCUGAUCUGGGAUUUCUCAAGCGACGGGCUUUCCUUUAAUGUUAUUAUAAUAAUUUGUCUCAGAAUGUUACGUUCACGAAAUUAAAUUCAGCUGAGAUUAAAAAUAUAAUGAGGCCACGUUUUAGCAUUGAAUACCAACUUAAUGCUGUUUUUAGAAUACAUUGCUUACAGUGGAAUUUAUUCACAUAUCCAGACUUAUUAGAUUUGCUGAAGCUGUUCAAGACAGUGUCGAUAGUUGAAGUUUAAUCCAGUAUUAAAGUUACCUAUGAAAAACAAGAAUGCUGAAAACGAAAUAAACUAUGCAUUUUUAAAAGUAAAGUAGUGUAAUUAUUUUUAGAUUUGCUAGUUAUAGCAGCAGAAAAGUGUGUUCUCAAGUGGCUUUUUUGUAGACUACCGGUUCUUACCUUGUGUUGUUUCAGCCUGUUCUGAUAUGCAUGUAUAUAAAUGAUGAUCUAAUAUUGUGUUUCAUCUUAUUGUUUGAUGUAAUCAAAGUAUUGUGAUAUUAUUGCAAGACAUGAAUUUCUUCAAUUCCAUUGGUAACACCCCAGCAAGAAUUUGUACUGUAAUGUCUUGAAUUUAGUUUUUCUCUUUUCCUGACCCUCACAAGUCAACAGGCACCUGUUAAAUUCCAUGUAAAUAAGUCGGGAAAAUGAAAACAGUGUGCUAAUCAAACAUGACAUUUUUUCGAUUUUAAGUUGCUUUCAACAAGACAUUUUCUGAACUGGUUGGGUUUUUGGUAAAAUUGUCACUUUUCAUGAAAGUUGUCUUGUUGUUAGAUCUUGUCAGUCUAGUUUUUAGUCACAUGAUUUUAUGAUCCCUUUUUCCCCUCUUAAAAGUUGUGCAGGGUUUCAGCAGCAUCCCUGAAAAAUCAGUUACGCUAGGCAUGACCUGAUACUCACCAUAAAAUGGUGUGUUGCUGAAUUAUGAUCUUGUGAAUUACUUAUGCAGUGGAAUGUUUUUGGGUUGUGUAGAAUUCAAAUGCAUCUUGGAAUGGUCUCAGAGACACACAGUUUUGCCUCAGAACUCAUAUUAGCUUCAUUCAUGUAGCUCAUGGUCUGAAUAACUUCUUUUUGUUCAAGAGGCCCAUUUUUAUUAAUCACAGCGAACUGUAUUAAAAUCAGAAACCUUAGCAUGUAUGGUUAAAUCUUCUAAAUGCCUUCCAAAACAGAGAAAAUGAAUUUACCUUUACAGAGCUACAUGCAUCUAAGUUAUACUGGUUUAAUUACAGUGCAUGCCACCUUUGAGACAUUGUCUUCUCUCUUUAAUUUACCUUGCAUUUUGUGUAUUGUACGUGCCAGUUGUCUUUUUAGCUUGUUACUUAAAUUAAUUUGCUGCUUGCACAUGGCAGUGAAUUGUGUUGUGGGAGCAAAUGCACGUGUGCAAAUAAAUCGAACAGUGGUGACAUUGUGCCAAACUGAAAAGGUUGACGAGUCUCAGGCUUUCUACGUAACUAAUGAAAUUAACAGCAGUGUGAAAUGUAUAAAGAAGCUGAUAUCUCUAUUCCGUCUCAUGAGCAAAUCACAUGUGCGCUAAAGGUUUUUCCUUGAAGUGUUUUAUUUCUCUGGUACAGUGUAUGUGUUUGAACAUAAUGCCUGUCAGAUGGCAGCUGGUGUAUUAGCUUUACACCUUGCCUUCAGUAAAUAAAUUGAUUUUUUCUUGGCUCACCAGUGGUAAAUUAAACUGUUCAUCUCAAGCAGCGCAAGAUUUCAAAAGUCAAACCCACCUCUUGAUAAUAUAGUCAAGUCUCAUAUGGAAGCUGUCUCAAAUGUUAGACAGUGGGCUUCUAAAUUGGUAAACACUUUACAGUGUUUUCAGAAAAGCAGCUCAGACAUGCAGUCGAUAUGCAUAUUUCCCAGACAAACAAAAAAUGUACUAAGGAUAGAUCAAUACACUUGUGAUAUUUCUUUGUCUGUUUGGCUGUUUUUGGCACGGUAGCGUCCCCUUUAAUAAUAAAUUUACCUGCCCAAAAGUAAAUCUAUGUCAUAAAACUGAAUUAUUACUGCUUUGUUGUCCUCAUGUUUUAACCUUUUAAAACUUUUUUGUAUUCUCCACAUCUUUUAUCAGUUAAUGCUGUUUGACUGAUUGACUUUAUAGGUCAGAGAUGGUGUCAUGGAUUGAGAUAAGUAAUGUAAAAACAAGUCGAAAGCCGUGUGAUAAAUAUAAUUAGUUAUAAAAAUACUAUUUUGUUGCUCAUGGCAACAGCAAGAUCACCAGUCAUCAUGCCACACUCAGGCUAGUUUGUUUUUCAAAAAAGAAUCAACACCAUACAGUACUUUGCAUUUGAGCUCGAUGUACAUCAUAUAACAAGCGUAACUGUGCGUUAAUUAUUUGGUCAAUGUUCCUUAAAUUGAAGUGCCUUGUUUAAAUAAUGUUGUACUCAAAACCUGAUCAAGAAUUCUUUUACAGGAAACAAUUUACAUGUAUCUCAUGGCGGGUUGAGUGAUGUUGUGUUUGUUUGUGGUCUUAACUGUUUUAUCCAAUACUUUUAAUCCAUCAAGAAUUAAAUUUCAAAGUUCCGCACUUUUAGGACGAUUGUGAACUGUGAUCUUAACUUGACUAGUCCUGAGGUUGGGGCUGCAGGUUUCUUCUGGAAAGAAUUUUUUUAAAUAGUUGAAAGUUUGUAAGUGUCAUGAAACUGAAUUUUGCUGUUUGGUUGGAAAUGUUAAGCCACAAAUUUUUUUAAAAAAGCACUUUUAAAGCAAGAUGGACUUUAACUACAAUGUAUGGGAUUGUGCUACAAGUUAAUAACAGGAGUUGUUUAAAACAAUUUACCCAAGAAGCAUAAAAUUAUUGACAAAUAGAUAUUGUCUAAAUUAAACAGGCAAAUGAUUCAUGUUCAUUUUCUUCUUGAUUAACCCUUUACUCCUAGCUCAAACUUUUCAGUCUGUGGAAGAAACUUUUGCAUUUUACUAUCUAAAUCUGAGAAUAAUAUUUUUAGCGAAAGAAAUUAUUUUUUUUGUUUAAGUUUUCUUUGGCCACUUCAAAUUUACCUUUGUUCUUGAUUAGUUUACAACUCUCUGGGGAGAAACUAACUCAUGGUCAACUUGUACAUUUAUUGUUAUUUAGUGUUAACAGUUUAAGGGUUGUGGCCAUUUAACUUUGACUCUCAGGAAGGAGGCCAUUGUGUUCGUUAAUAUGUUAAAACAUUUUAUAAAAUAACUGAGAUAGUAUACACGCUCUGAUUGGUUAAAAGCCUAUGGUCUAUUGUGCCGUUAAACUCAUAAAAAACUUAAAGUUAUUUUUUAAAGCAUUAGACCACACUUUCUAUGGCUUUACCAGCGUAAUAACUCACUUGGGAUGUUGGGAGAACGCUCGAAAAGCUUGUAAAUCACUCGCCUUCGGCACAUGAUUUACGAGCUUAAAUGUUUUGCUCUUCCUGACAAAUGAUAUGCUUGUUAAAAAAUUAUUUGCAGCCUUUUCAGUCACCCUGCUACAAUGUAUAAAGGUCUUGGUGGUCCUUAUCAUGUACCACAAGGUUAGAUAAGACUUACUGUGCAUUUGCAACCCAAUGUAUUUGUUGACUUUACUUGACAGGCCUUCAGUUUCACUUUCCUCCUGUCAUGUGCUAGUAAAUUUAUAUGCACAAACUUGUCAGAUUAGUUUAAUAUUACAAGACAAGUCAUUUACUUGUGGUAAAAUUAUUCCUAGUCUUACUAGAUUGUAUUCUUUGAUCAUUCUCCAUGUUUUUUUUUUGUAAGGAAGUAAUUGAGAAUUAUUGCAGUUUACAGUGUUUUUCACACUGUAAACUUAAAAAAUUGUUCGGGUACUUACGGUUUAGCUUGUGUCUUAUGUAAUAAAGUUCUGUAUUUUUACAAGGUAAAUGAAGUUUGAAAUGAUUUAUUUUUGCUAGUUUGAUUGUUUGUUACUAUUAAUUUCUCUAAAAGCUCAAAUAAACCAGAAAAAUUAAAUAAACCACAGUUUACAUAACUCCUCAACACUAUGUACUUGAAAUAAUAAUUAUUUUGACAAGUUCAAAAUAAAGUGUGCUAUGUUUCAUAUAGAAUAGUUAUGUUGGGUUCUCUUUGAACAUUCCUUUUGUUGAAGUAGCUAUACUACAUGUGUGAUAUGUUUUUAGGUGUAUAUAGAUGUGUUUUCCAAGGCACAUAAACUUACAUGUAGUUAAUGUAUUUGAUCAAUAAAUCAAAAUCCACUAUGUAAAAAGGUUGUCAAAAUUAUGUAAAUUAUUAGGAAAAAAAUUUCCAAAAACAGUUUUUUUGUCUCACAGAUGUAGCACUGGUAUUGAGGAAACAGAUUUUUUUUAUCUCUGCUGUUUAAAAUGUGGACGUGCGCUGAAUCUUAAAGAUCUUCCUUCUUGCUUCUUGUUUAAACCAGUGAACAAUGACAAAAUUGCUGUUGGCAUUCCAAUAUUGUUAUUUUGGUGGACAAUUAAUCUUUUCUGGUGUCAGAUGCAUCUUUGUUCUCUCUUUCCAGUUGUUUGAUUUUCUUUGUGUUGGUUUCAGCUGUUUGGCGCCAUAAAUUGUUAAUCUAUUUUCAGAAGCAUUUCAGUGUGAUUCCUUUCUUUGUUUUGAAAGAAGAAAUAGUAAAAUUACGAUUAAUACCAAUUUUGUACCUAAAUUACCUAAGUGUAAUUAGCACAGCAUGAGAGAAGGCUGGAUUUUUUCUGGUAAUAAAUAGGUAAAUAACACGUGCUUCAGUUAAAAAAUGCAAAGCCUGUGAAGCAUGUACAAUGUAGGCUUCUAUCGUAUCUCUUUAGCUCUGGGAUUUAUGAUAUACAUAGCAACUUUUUAAAACUUUUUGCCUUGUCCCAUUAUUGUGGGGUCUUAGUCUUCAACACUUGAGCGUAGGUUUUGAUGUCAGAAAGAAAAAAUUUAAGAAAAAUGCGUCAAUGGUUUAUGAAUACAAAGAAAGGAAAAUGGCACUUGACCUUGUGGUGCUGAGUGCAAGUUUUACAAGCAGAGAGGAAGCAAGUUUUAAGCUCAAGCUAUCGCAUUAGCCAGGUGGGCAAUGAAGCCCCAGCCCGCCCUUCCUUUUAAUACCUAUAUGAUGGUGUGAAAAAAAUUUGAUUCUCUUAUUGUAGUUAAGUGUACAUAUGGAGUACUUUACUGUGAUCGUAUUGAUAAAGCGCCACAAAGCAGUGCAUGUCCAUUCCUUUUUUAACUGUUGAACAGGAAAAAGUCAUGAAAUGAGUGAAUUCAUGAAAUAUUAAUUCAUGUGUUGUGGUUAACUCUUUAGGUGUACUUCUUAACCCUUUCAAAGACAACAUAAUAAUGCGAAAGGAUUGCAAAACCUCAAAUCUACUGUGGUUAUGUUUGUUUAUGAAAUACUUGACAAUGAUCAGACAUUGUAACUAUAAGAGCCGCAAACCAUUCUUCUUCAUUUUGCAUGAUGAAAGGACAAAGUCAGGAAAUAUGAGGUUUUAUCAAACAAAGCAUUUGACAAUGUUUAAUCUGGAAUUUUCCUCAUUUGGAAUUAGGCGAUUCUUAGAGUAAAAACGUUAACUCAAGAUUACGUGGCUGUAAGCCACUUCGUAAUAUUACUUUUUGCUCACUGUAGAAGGGAUAAAAUUGACUGGUAUAACUUAAGAUGAAUAGCAUUGAUUCAUCAAAGUAUUACUGCUUGGAACCGUGAGACCACUUAACGCUUUCAAUCCGAAAAGUUCUGGAAUUUGCAUUCAACAAAGAAAUCUGAGUGUAUUUUGAUUGUGUAAAAUAUCAGGGCCAAGCUUUACUAGAAUGGUCACUUUCGGAUUUUGUCCACAGACUCAAAAGCUAGAACUACAAACAGUAUCUCAGGAAAGUACUGCUCAGGAGCUCUCAUUUGAAUGGUAUUACCAUUGGAUUUCAUCCACAGACACUAAAGUGACAUGCACAUCCUCUCUGUUCAGCAAAAUCAAUUAACAUUAUCACAGGAAUUAAUCCUCAGAAGCUUUCAUUUGAAUGGUCAUACUUUAGGAUGUCAUUUACAGACUGAAAAGUCAUAACCACCUUGUACAGCAUAACAAACAAUACCACAGGAAUUACAGCUCUGAAGCUUCUAUCUGAAUGGUCUCACUUUAGGAUUUCAUGUACAGACUUACAUGUAAAAGUCAGAAUGACCUUGUACUGUACAAUUCAAUUCAAUUCAAACAGUAUCACAGGAAGGUACUGUACAAUUCAAAGUACUUGUACUGUACAAUUCACUGCAUAACAAACUAUACCGCAGGAUUUUAUUACUUCUCAGUAGCUUUUAUUUGAAUGAGACAUGUAUCGUUGUGUCCUAGUUAUUACUCCAAUCAGAACUUUUGUUACUUGAUACCAGUGAUGAUACAAAUGUGAUGGUGAAUUUUACGGCUGGUGAAUACAUGUACAUGAGAUGUUUUUCCAGUCAGUGACACAGGAGGCUUGGAAGAAAAAAUCUAAGUACUGCCAAUAGGAAUUGAACCUAUUACCUUCUGGUUACUAGUCUAGUCCACAUCCUUUACCACUAACUAGAGGAGACACAUGAGUGUUAAGACAACAAAACUAGGUGCUCUUCAUACCACUGCAUUAUCACUGUCUCAAAGCAUGGCUCUCCUAGAAUAGCUUAAGCUUUCUGUGGGUAUGUCAAUUAUUUUAACUUUGACUUUCGAACUAGUAAAUUACAGUACUGUAUAUAUGUUACAGGUCAAAAUAAAAUUUAGGUUGAAAUUUUUGAAAAGGCUUGCUUAUGGAGGAAAGUGGACUUCUAGUUAAGAACCCAAGUAGAAAAAUACUUUAUUUGUGUACUUUUUAUCCCUCAGUCUGAAUAUGUCAGGACAUGUCCAUGGGAGACUAUUUUUCAAUUCCGUUAUUUUGAUCACGUUGGAUCACGCUAAGGACACGGUGCCGGAAACAUUCAUUACCGUGAAAUCCUAGGGCUUGAGAUUUACAUAUUACUAUUAGCCUAGCAUGAUUUUCAAUAUCCUUUGUCUCUUAGUCCUAAUACAUGAAUAAUUAAGGCUAAGAGACAAUGGAAAUAGAGAAUCAACCUAGCUUAAAAAAUUUUAACCUGAAUUGAAUUUUGACUUGUAUACAUGUAUGUUUACGUAUUCAAGUGAAUGGUCACACCCUAGGACGUCAUCAGCACCAUAGGAUUUCUUCGGUAGCCUAAGAAACACACCGCUUAAAGUGUUUUGUUUGAGUGGUCAUGCCAUGGGAUUUCAUCCGUAGACUCCAAAAAUAGUACAAUCAUCUUGAAAUAUGGACACUGAGGUUCAGAGAACUUGAGUUGUUACGUAAUGUUAUUGUGUACACUACUGAUAGUGCUUCACUCUUGACUAAGUAUUAUGUAAAUUUGUUUUUGAGUGUCAUUGAAGCUCACUUUAGCAUGUGCUUGUCGUGUCAUUUUCCGCCAAAGUUAUUUAUCAUAUUUAUUGUAUAGGCACCUUUACAUGUGCAUGUGCAUGUGACAUUAAGUAUCCAUAUCAUGCUAUCGUUUAAUUCUACAAUACUUAAAAGCAAAUCUUUUUCUUACACUGGUCACAAAAUUAAUUUGUUAACAUCCUGAACUGAUGAAUGCUAAAAUAUCCAAAACAUUUUCCAGACUCUAAUGCUGUUGAUUUUUAGAAAUGUUUAAUUUUUAUUCUGACUGCUGCUUCUAAAUUUGACAAAUGCUUAAAACCCUAUUAUCAACCUGUGGAUUCUCUACACGGUUGUCUAUAAUCAAUCUUGUACAAUACUGUUAUGGAGAAUUUGUUUCAAAAUUAGGACAGCUAAUUAUUUCUUUCACUAUCGCAACCUGUAUUUUUUAGUAGAUCCCAGUUUAUGUUUAUUAAAGUACUACAUGCCUACUUUCAUUCAGAACUGUUGAACUCCGCAAGGAGAGAUCCCGUGAUGCUGCGAGAAGUAGGCGAGGCAAAGAAAAUGCACAGUUUGAUGAGUUGGCAAAGCUUCUUCCACUGCCUGGUGCCAUUACUUCGCAGCUGGACAAAGCAUCGGUUGUGCGCCUCACAAUCAGUUACUUGAACAUGAAGCAGUUUAACCUUCCUAAGAGAGGUAAGAAUUGCAUGAAAUUUAGAGAAAGAUGAUCAAUGAUUAAGCUUUUGCUUGUAGACUUUCAGUCACAUUGCAUCUGUUUGUACACACUUGUUGUACUAAGAGUUUUUGAUUCAACUAAGUUAUAUCUAGACAUUGAAUUAUUUGUUUCAUUAUCCCUGAAAAGUCCCAUAAGGGGAGAGGAUAAUUAAGUAUUUAUUUACUAUUAUUAUUAUUAUUGUUUAUUUGACAAUUUUUUUUUACCACAGUUAAACGGUAUCGUCAGGGCUCAGACUGUUCAUUUCACUCAGAAUCCUCAGCCUCGCCUCAGUCAGAAGUAGAUGUUGGUGAGUGAAUUAGAGCGCUUACUUGUAAUGUGAGCAUUGUUUGCAGCAGUGGGACCAAAGCCCAUGAAAUUGGCCAUUUCCAAGUUUCAAAAAUUCUCACUUUCAAAACAAGGUUAAGUGCAAAAAUCUUUCUUGUGAAUGAGUUUUAUUUGAAUGAGAAUGAAAAGUCAUUCUCAUAUCAAUGACUUUGCACUCGGCCUCGCUUCAAAACAGAGGCUUGGGGGAACUCAGAAAUGGCCUUUUGACAUGCUCCUAAUGUCCCUGGCCUCAUAGCUCUGAUAAAAUAUCAAAUUGCUUGCAUUAUUAGUUGCUAUGAUUGUGACAUGUUAUUGACCAUGUAUGGUUUCCAUCAGUCACCUUUAUUACUGCCUGUAUGUUAGUUGUAAACAAGUGACCCAGGUGCUAACUCAAGAAUUUACAGUACAGUGGAACCUCAAUAUAACAAAGGGCCGCGGGCCUGGUAAAAUUUGUUUGCUAUAUCUAGGUUAUUUUUCAUAUACCGUAAAAUUCCAAAAAUAAGCCCCUCAAAAUAUAAGCCCCCCAAGCUGGUAAUGCAAAAAACCCUCCGUUAAAUCGUCCCUCCAAAUUUAAGCCCCAAGGGGGCGUGUACUUGGAAAAUUGCCUUCAAAUACAAAGUAAAACAAAGCAAAAAUGGUAAAUUUACCUCCAACUAUAAGGCUAGCUCAAUCAAUUUUGAAACGCAAAUUUCUCUCGGUAGAUAAGCCCCUCAAAAAGGGCCUUUGAAAAUAUAAGGCCUGGGGCUUAUUUUGGGAAUUUUAUGGUAUUUUACUAUCACUGAGGUAAAGAAACCUGUUCGUUAUACUGAGGUCUUUGUUAUAUAGAAGUUCCUUACUUUGAGGUUCCACUGUAUGUGGUUGUCACUGGUCUUAUUGAUGGGUGGCAAGUGCUCCUGCCUUGUGCCACGCCUUCUCAUUGAGACCACAACAAGCUUCUUGUUUCUGUAGAUUUGAUCGGGUCUUUUAAAGAUAAAUUUAAAAGUAGGACCUCACCUCCUUUUUGCAGAUGCUCAUUUUGGAAGUGCAGGGAGUCCCUCGCCCAAUUCCUCACUUUCUUCACCUCCGGCAGCAGCGAGUUCCUCUGCAGGUAAGCGUUAACAAUAAAAGCAUUAAUAAUUUUUUACAUAAAAAAAUGUCAUAUCAUUGAGUGAAGGGACCAUGCUUUUGAAUACAGCACAUUUUUAUUGCUUGUGCGAGUAAUAAUAAAGGAGACCUGGGAUCUGCACUAGUUACUGUAAUACAUUUUUGGCAAUGAAGGAUAUUUGUGGCUGAACAGGGUAUGGUUUUCAGGGACUGAUACAUUACAUUCAGGAUAUCUGUAAGCAUUUAUUUGCAUGUAUUUCAGGUGCAGUUUCAGCUUACAAUCCAAAUGAAAUAACUCUUCAGGACCUGGCAGAUAACAGUGGCAUAUUUUUGCUGCAGGUAGGGGUUGUGUCAAAUAUUUUAUGGGGAAAGUAUUUCAUGGAGCAAAAGAUUUCCAUCAUUAGCUUUCGCCAGUUUACCUGUUGGAGAUAGUAGAGAGAAGUGAUUAAUCUUUUUUAUUAAUACUUUCCUUGUACUUACAAAUAUCUUUUCUUUUCUUUUGUAAAGGCCUUGGAUGGUUUUCUGUUUGUACUUUCUGGUGAGGGAAAAGUUUUGUAUGUUUCAGAGACAGUGUCAGUUCAUCUUGGUCUAUCACAGGUUAGUGUUCCUAUAACUGUAGCUAACUACAAUGUGUGUUCAGCAUGUCAAAUUGUGAAGUAUAAAAAAAGCAAGCAAAAAGGUUUUACUAAAAAAGUGAAAUGAAGAAUCUUAAAUACGAUUUGAAUAGCAGGUCCAGUGCAUUUACAAAGUUAGAAUCAUUGAAUGUUUUUUUUAUUAUUUUUAUAUAUUUGUUUUACAGGUUGAGUUAACAGGAAGUAACAUAUCAUGUUACAUUCACCCUGAGGACCACCCAGAUGUUAUGAAUGUUCUGGCAGAAGCCAGGGAUGAACUUGAGAAUGCUGAACAUGUACCAUCUGGAAGGUACACAGACAACAUUCCAUUCUUUGGAAAUCAGCAAGGUAUGUUUUGUUAAUAUUUGACCACACUUGACUAAUGGUGGAUUCUUCUGGUCCUGAACUCUUGGACAACAUCACUAUCAUUGCACCUUGCAUAUACUGAGUUUUUUUUGAAUUAAAUUACAGCAUUUCCUGGUAAUGAGAACAAUGCUGGCAUGGAAAAACCAAAGUCCUUCUUCAUGCGAAUGAAGUGUACUUUAGUACGACGAGGGGGAGCCUACACCAAGUCUUCAGGGUUCAAGGUGAGAAUGCUUUUAUAAGCAUUUGCAGAAAAUAUUAGUCAUGCUCCAUUUUCUAUAAAAUUGGCCUCUUGUUCCCUGGUGUCUGAAUAUGAAGCCUGGAAAUAUUGCGUGCAUCUCCAAAAAUUUGGUUGUGAUAGUUUGGCAGCCAUUUGUGAUUGUAAAAAGCAAAACGAACACUAAUGGAAAACCGUUUGUGAUGAGCAUUUUUCAUCAAGUGCGUGAUAUAUCUCCAAUUCUUUUUCAACAGUGCGAGAACUCAAGUGUUUUUGUCUAGGACCUGAUGACACCAUAAUGGAAAAAAUGUGCUUACGUACAGCCACUUUGAUAUUGCAUGGCAUUCACCUCAAAGAAAACUGCUCUGCUAUAAAUUCAGGGGGAAAUAAGUGUUAAAAGUAUUAGUUUCACAACAAACUUUGUAACAAAUAUUACUGGUCCAAAUUGAAAGUAUGUAAUUAAUAUCUGAUGAGAAAAAUUGAUCGUUAAAUUUAUUGCUCCUUUUGAACUUACAUCGAACGGAUAGGAAAGUGUCAAGCACGAACAUCUUCGAUUCAGAGUAAUUGUUUGACCAGAGAUGUCGCAAUUCUUUAAACAGGCAUUUUUGGCUUCCGGACGGAAACAAAAACCGUUUGAACAGAUGUCACAAUCCUUUGAACAAAUGCUAAUUUUUUUAAAAACAGUUAUGUAAACCAUUCAAACAGUUGAUCGAUUGCACUCAAAGGCUUUUUUAAAGUGUUUGAGCAAAUAACGAACGCUCACACUGUAUCCUCUUGAAACGGAUAACCGUUAGUGUCCGUUUUGCCUUUCACGGUCACAUUUUGAUUCUGACAUUCAUGUAAUUUUGCUCAGUGUUUUUCUUCUUCUGGCAACCAAUAUUAAUUUUAAUGUCUGGCAAUUGUUUUGUAGAGGCCCUGUUAGCGUAAAAAUCCGGCAAACGACAUGGCCUUGAAACAGCAACAUAAGACAAGAUGAAAUGGCAACAUGACUUUAACAUGAGCUAAAUACCGACAGGGACUUGCCCAACUCCUCAGAAAGCGAAACAACCAUAUUUGAAAUUCAGACUAGGGACAUACAUUCCCCCACCUGCAAGAGGACCUCUUUUUAUUAUUUAUUUGAGGUUGCAGAAGGCAACUUUGAAAAAAGUUAAGCUUGGAACACGGGACUGUCGUAAAAUAAUAAUAUAAGUUAUAUUUGAAUUUACUGUCUUUGAAGGUUAUUCAUUGUAUGGGAAGGAUGAAACAGUACUUCGCUAAAGGCCUUCCAGACACCAAGUAUGCAUUUGUUGCUAUCGGACAGCCACUUCCUACUAUGAACAUAAAUGAGCUGCCGUUAGAGUGCAAUAUGUUUGUGAGCCGAGUGAACAUGGAUCUUAAAAUUGUCUAUUGUGAAGGAAGGUAAAUGCAAGUAACAGUUGAUUUGUACUGUGUUAUUUGUGUCUGUUUUUCAGUAUUUAUUUUAAAAGACACUAAUGUUUGAUUUCUUCUUUUAGAAUUCAUAAAUUCAUGGAUUAUUUUGCGAGGGACAUUGUUGGAAUCUCUGCUUAUGACUUCUAUCAUGCAAAUGACAUUGCUGUCAUUCAAGGUCACCAUGCAAAAUGUAAGCAAACUUAAUAAGGAAACAUACCGGUGUUGUAUUCAUCAUAGUUAUGACCUAUUAAUAGGUGAAUAUCAGUCAUAGGCUAAGGGGAGAUGUCAGAGGGUAACAUUUACUAUGAGGUGCAGUAAAUAGUUAAUUGUUGACCCCUGAGCCCUGUUGCCCUUGAACAGUGUAAUAAUUUGUUUACUGUUUGGAACUUCUAAUGUCUUUGUUGUGCAAUAAAACAGAUCACUGUCAGUGUAUGUUAAUCAAUUAUUUAGUUAAUUAUUGUUAAUUAUUUAUGUCAAUUGUCUGUUUCCCUCAUGUUACCAUUAUCUCCACAGUUCUUAACAAGGGGCAAGUUCUCACAAAGUACUAUCGCUGGAUGAACAAGAAUGGUGGCUGGGUUUGGAUGCAAACCAAGGCCUCUCUCAUCCCUCACCCCACAAAUCCUGAACUCAAGCAAAUGUUGUGUUUGAACUACAUUGUUAGGUAAGAUAAAGUCAGGUGAUCAACAUCAAAUUUCUCCUUGUAAUAUCACACUUUAUGAAACACAGUGGUCAUGAGAAUUGAGGACAUGAUCGUACAAGAUGAAUCUAAUUGAUACUUCAACAGAUUCUCCCCACUACUUCUAUUGAAAACUUAUAGGGACAACAAAUGAGAAUUUGAAUUUUGAUAUUAGGGUUUAAAGGGUUAAGGUCAGAACACAUUCCAUGAUAAGUCACGGUGACAGAUCACUCUUUGUAUACAGGUCGGGCGACUUGUUGCGGCAACAUGUUGUGGUGACUGUGGCAGGAACAUAUUACUUCAUGUGUGCUGGAGAAUUUUUGGAAAAUCUUUGUCUCUUCAACAUAAUUUUGUUUCCACACCAAGUCACACAAAUUCUGUGUGAUUUGAAUUUUUUUGACAUGUUACAGGGGCCAAAAUUCUUUUGUGGAGACAAAGAUUUUCACGAAAAUUCUCCAGUACACUUGAAGUGAUUUGUUGCUGCAACUUGUCACCUGGUGAGUGUACCGAUCUUUAGAGUAAAUUGUGCAUUUUGUACAUUUUUUCCCUGGGCAAUUGGUUGUGCAAAAGUAGGGAAAAUACCAAGCUGUCAACUUUACCUGAUAACUAUUACUGACAUUUUGACAGCCUGGCUCUGCCAAGAUUCAAAAUGAAUAGUACACUGUAAAUUAGUGGUAUCAAGAAUCAUUCUGGUUAUUGCCUGAUUGGGCAAUGUAGAACUUGGAGUUAUUGGUCCUCUACAGGUCUGUUAAACCAUGGCAGGGCUGUCACUAAGUUUCCAAGUUGCUGGGCAUAUACAACUUAUAGACGGAAAACUGAACAUCUAGGAAGUUUUUUAUCAUCUACUUUCCUUGUAUUUGCUCUCAAAGUGGCCAGGUGUCAUGCUCAUGGUAGCCAGGGGAAAUUCCCGGCCCACGGCCCUUCGUGACAGCCCUGCCAUGGUGUCACAACUGCAAAAAGUGCUGCAGAUCAUACGUGCAGCCAUUUUGAACAACUCUACCACUACCUGCAUUAUCAUUUAUGGUGGUUCAGCCAUAGUGCAUUUAAGAACUCAAAGUUGAGAGAGGUAGCGUAAUAAUGCCUAAUUUUCAAUGUAACACUGGCUGUUACCUUUGUUAAGUCUGACUGACAUACCAACCUACAUAUAUAGCGAGCUUUAAGAGUUAAAUGUAAGCUCCGGUUGCAUGGAACAUACGGCAUUUGUGUACCUUGAGAUGUGAACAUGCUUCUAUGGUUUUGUUUUUAAAAAGUGAAGUGGAACACCGCGGAGUGGUUCUUGGAAUGAUGCAGUUAGAUGACAAGCCAUCUUUCCAACCUCGAGCUUAUAUCACAGAGAUAGAAAACGAAACUGAUGAAACCGGACAACUUAAAGACGCCCAGUUUGAUGACCAAGUCAUGGUGUACCCUAAAUGGCAUGAAAACUGUAAGUUGUUACAUGGUUUAGAUACUAUUUGCAAAGUGACAGUGCCAUCUUAACAAAACUUCCCUAGUACCUUUAUUGAGAGUUAACCCGUUAAGCCCCAAUAUCCACAUACAAAUUCUCCAAACUGAUCUCCAUACAUUUCCUUCAUGAACGAGUUGAGAGAAUUUGAUAAUUUAUUGAUCAAGGCAUUUUCCCUUAGGUGAUUAUUUUAUUAAUUCUCAUAACCUAAUCUCUUGACAUUGUAUGGAUAUCGUUAGGAGAAAAUUGACAUUAGUCACUAUUGGGACUUAAGGGUUAACUUGUAGGAAAAUAAAUAUUGUUGAAAUUCUAUCAACCAGUCAACAACCACUGUUGUUUACCUUGGAGAAAUAGAGACUUCUAGGAGAAAUGGAGACUUCUAGAUUUUGAGAUGAGUGUGACUACAAGAAUUAGAUUUGCUCAGUAGUAAGUAGUGUGCACAUGUGAACCAGCGUCAUCUUGGUGGGAAAACCUGGUGGCGAUUGUCAUUCUAUUUUGAGUUUUAGCCAGAAUGUCAUAGUGGCGAAGCAAGUUAUCAAAUGUAGAGUGUUUUAUCGUUUGGCUAUCAGGAGUGGGCUUACAGUAACCUCCUUCAGUUAAAAUAGCAGUACUAACUGAACUGGUUUUAAAAAAGUACAGUGAAGCUUUCCGGGUGUCUGUUUUUUUGAGAAUACACAAAAUAGUCAAAUCUCGUACCCAUAGUCAUUCUUGUCCUUGAAUCUAAAGGUCUCUAAUGACUUUGAGUAAGGUGACUUACGAAUUGACAGCUGGUCAUUAUGGAAGAGUUGUAGUUGUGUGAUCCAUACACAGUUUUACAGAACCAACUGGCUAGUGUCUGUCUUGCAGGGGAUGUUUGAUUUAAGGAUAUACAACAUCUCUGUGCCUUUCUUACCCAUGAACAUUAUGUUUAAAAUUGUAAUUUCAACAUGCUAUUGGAAUUACAGCUUAUGCUUGUAUCUAAGCAGUCAACAACUUGUAGAACAAACUAACUGUGGUUAAUUUGCCUUUCAGCUGACAAACUGGUCCCUAAACCAACCCUGCUCGACCAAAUGGCCCUCACACGCUCUGGAUACACCAGGAGUACUUCCUGUGAAACUCCUUUGCUUCAAGCAGAUGAUGUGUUCACUUCUACAGCAAGUGAACCUUGUAGUAAAUCUGCGACAGUCACUACUUGGUCCCCACCCACUCGGGGCUAUAGUGGACAAGGUGACUCUACAAGUACAUAUAAUGAUGAGAUUGAAGACUUGACGGAGAUCAUCAGUGCGGAGUUGACCAAAAUGGAUCGUGAACUUGUCCAUUUUGUGGCUAAUGGCCAAACUGAUACAACACCGACCCUAACUUUCCCUGAUGCAAGUGUCGAUGGUCUGCUUAAUGGGGACUGGUUUGGUGUGCCGUCAAAUGGUACCAUUCAGAGUGGUAUCUCUCUGGGAGGUCCAAAGAUUGAACCAAUUUCAAUAGAAGAGGAAGCUGAUUAUAAUCAGGCAAACAUGCCACCCUCAGGCAUUCCUUCUCAAUCAUCAGGGAAUUUACCAGUUGGUUGCUAUCCCAAUGAUACCAAGCCUAACUUGAUUCCAAUGGAACAAGAAAACAUCCAGUUUCAGUUGUCAAGUGCUAAGAUGCGUGGUGUUAACAACCCAUGCAUGUUCAGCAAUGGUAAUUCUGGUACCGAGCGAAAUUACCAGCAAAAUGUGCCUGUUCCGAAUAAUUAUUCCGCUGGAAAUGCUCCUAUGAUGGGAUUGCCUCAGCAAAAGCUGACUGUCCCUUCCACAAGAAAUGCCAACAACGUAAAGAUGCCUGGUGCCGCACCAAGAAUUCCUGCAUACACUUCCACCUCCCAGGAAAUGGGAAUGUCUGGACAACUGACAACUCAAGGACCCACGACUACAGCAACAUCAACUGUCACUGUGGGGAGCUUCAUGUCAUCUGUACCAAAUCGUAAUGAUUUUGUACAACUGCUUAAAGAGGCCAUUCCUGAUACGUUAGCUUAUACAGAUGAAAUGGUGGUUGACUUAGUUGAUGACAUGUUGGUCGAUCAAGAUGAAGCUCAGCGAAGGAAGGACGAUGAAAGGCUUGCUUCCCAACUUGCCUCUUUGCAACAAGGGGGGUAUGUGCAACCUGAGCUUGGAUUCAUUAAGCAGGAGGUGGUUACCCCGACAUUACCACAACAGACAUUCUCAUUUCCAAAUGUUUCCAACAGCAUUGCUACACAAGGUAGUCAGCCAGACAUAACAAGUGCAGCCAUUCAGUCGUUUGCUGGGAAUCGUAUAUCUUCAAAUACCACCUUUGGUGGACAGCAAAAUGGGACUAUAAACAAUCAGAAUGCCUCUUUGAGGUAUCAGAACGGGAAUUCUCAGUUCAUGAAUCAAGAAGACAGUAACAUGAACUUUCUGAACUCGCUGUCAAAUGUUGGACUUACAAAUAAGCGUACUGGGUUACCUGUGCAGGGGAGCAACCUGUGGAACACUAACCCACCUUCAAAGCCGAACAUUAUGCAACAAGGGUUAAGAAACUUGCUCCAGAGCCCUAACAGUAUUCCUGCGCCAACACAAAACACUUUGCCUGUCUCAUUGCCUCAAUCAGACAUGCCAUUCUUACCACAGCAAAAUGUCAACUUGAAUACUCAAGGCAGCUCCUUUAACAUGACCAUGGUUCCAAAUUUAAGCCAUCUGGAAACAUUGCUUCAGUCAACGCAGCUGCCCGCUAAUAACUAUCAGAACCUGAAUGGCACAAGUAUGGUUUUCAGCAAUCAAAACUCAAGAAAGGUAUGA